ACAAAAUAGAAAAUACGAGACCUUCGUGAGCUAAAGUGAAGUCACUGCUGUUAUCGUCAGUGGUAUUAUAUUAUAGACACGGACCAUUGUUAGUCCACUUCGUCCAAUGUUGUGCUUUUAAAUAUUUGUGUCAGAUUGAUAUAUGUGUGACGUGACGAGGGGUAAUGGUCACGUGAUUUCUGGCAUGACAUAUAACGUCCAGUCGCUGGUGUAGAUAGAGUAGCUAAGCUAGUCUGCUUCGAGUGUAACUUCACUAGCUAACAGAGACGGAAAGAAUGGAUUUCAACGUGAAGAAGUUAGCCUCCGGUGCUGGAGUAUUUUUCACCCGAGCUGUCCAGUUCACAGAGGAGAAGUUUGGCCAGGCGGAGAAGACGGAGCUGGACGCUCACUUUGAGAACCUGCUGAGCCGCGCAGACUGCACCAAACUGUGGACUGAGAAGAUCUACCGCCAGACGGAGGCCCUGCUGCAGCCCAACCCAAUUGAUCAUACUGGUGCCAGAAUUGAAGAGUUUCUCUAUGAAAAGUUGGACAGGAAGGUACCAUCCAGAAUUACCAAUGGAGAGCUGCUGGGUCAAUAUAUGCAGGAUGCAGCAAAGGAGUUUGGUCCUGGAACUCCAUAUGGGAGUACUUUGAUCGAGGUGGGGGAAUGUGAGAGAAGAUUAGGAGCAGCAGAGCGGGAGUUCCUCCAGACCUCAGCUAUCAGCUUUCUCACCCCACUCAGGAAUUUUCUGGAAGGAGACUGGAGGACCAUUUCAAAAGAAAGACGUCUUCUGGAGAAUCUUCGCUUGGAUCUGGAUGCCUGUAAAACCCGUCUGAAGAAGGCCAAGGUGGCUGAGGCCAAGGCUGGGUGCGAUGGUGAAAUGGCACCAGAUUUUCAGGAGACCAGACCCCGCAACUAUGUGCUUUCUGCCAGUGCCUCUGCGCUCUGGAGUGAGGAAGUGGACAAAGCUGAACAUGAGCUCCGGGUGGCUCAAACCGAGUUCGACCGCCAAGCAGAGGUCACCCGGCUGCUUUUGGAGGGCAUCAGUAGUACACAUGUGAACCACUUGCGCUGCCUGCAUGAGUUUGUGGAGGCCCAAGCCGCUUAUCAUAAGCAGUGUCAUUUCCACAUGCAAGAACUACAGAAAGAGCUGGGAAGGCUUCCCAAUGCAUUUGCACUGAACGCCACUCACACUAUAGCCACCACGGGCUCUGCAACAGAAGGCCUCAGCAGCCCUGUGGAGACAGACACACUGAAGAUUGAGGAAGUUCAGGCACCAGCUACAGGAACCCGCAAGGCCAAAGUCCUUUACGAUUACGAUGCUGCUGACUCCAGUGAGCUCUCACUUUUAGCUGAUGAGGACACAAACCCCAGUCUGCUGAGUGAAAGCCCUGCAUGCACUCUGUUGCUCUUUCUGACACCAGGGCGGGUGAGGGGGUCUCAUUACAGUUUACACAGUGCCGGGAAUGGACUCUGACUGGCUGAUUGGAGAGAGAGGGAACCAAAAAGGAAAAGUGCCUGUCACAUACCUGGAGCUUCUCAGCUAAAGAGCCCCCCCCCCCCCCCCCCCACACACACACACACACACACACACACACACACACACACACACACACACACACACACACACACACACACACACGUGCAUGUGUGAUAACUACUGAAGCCUUGAGGAUUCGUCAUUUGCUUCAUUCAAUUUCACACUCUUCCACUAACCUGUAACUUUCCAUAGCAUUCCUCCAGUAAGCAUUAGCACAUGUGUUACGUGAAACACACUGACAGAAGGGAUAAUGAAGACAUUGUUACAAUGAUCUGCAUUACCUCCAUGGAGAUGGGUUAACGUUACUUUUAGAGAUGUUUGGUGGGCUAUUAUGAUGGUGUUUUCUUUUCCUAUUUAUGACUUAUUUAUUGUUGUGCAUCCCAAUGGUUCAGGUAGACCUUCCACACUCUCUGCAGAGGUAUUUCCAUCGAAUUUAUGUUGUUGAACUGAUUUUGUUUUAAAAG